AUGGCGGAGAUUCACGGCGUCUGGCUCGCGAGCGCGACGGGCAUCUUCUUUGGCUGGGCGUUUCUCGCCUGGAUCCUGCGCGUGUGGGCAAAGUUGCGGACAAAGUCGUGGAUGCUCGACGAUUAUACCCUCUCUGGCUCGCUUCUGGCGGCAUUUUUGCACCUCGUCUCCAUGUGCCACGCCAUUCGGUACGGAUACGGCAAGACGCUCGAUAUGCUUCCCGCCGCGAACAUGUUACAAGUAGACAUGGGUCUGUACCUGGGGCAAAUAUUCUACAUUAUAUCGGUUGGUCUCUGCCGAGUCGCGGCGGCACUGUUUGUUGCUUAUAUCUCGCAUUCGGGGCCACACAUUCGGCCGGCGCGGAUCGUGGCGGGCAUCACGGCGUUCUGGACAGGGGCAUCGACGCUGGCGAUUUGCGUGCGUGGAGAAGUUUCGCAUCCGUGGACGACGAUUACUGGACCCGAUACAUUUGGCAGAUGGCUCGUCAUUGAGGUCACAGGCAUCCUCCUCGAGCUCGGGCUAUGGGGAGUCGCGGCCCAUCUCAUCUGGAGUAUCAGACUCAAACGGUCAAAACGCGUCCUCGUUGUAUGCGCAUUUGGUGCUCGUUUAUUGUACGCUGCAGUCGCCCGGAAAUACUACUCGUGUGCUAACCCGAUUCUCAGAGUCAUUCCUUUCAUCAUUGCCCGCCUGGUCUUCCUCGACCCGCGAAUCAAGACCGGGCCGGCAAACAGCGCCACCAUUGCCGACCUCUUCACCGCGGCGUGUCUCUACCUUUCCAUCAUUGCCGGUGCCGCGACGGCCCUCAAGCCGCUUCUCACGUCCUUUUACGCCGAGCAGCCGGUAGUGGUCAACUGUACGGCGUCGUCAUCGGGCCUGGGCUCCAAGAACCGGAGCGAGUCGGUUUCCCCUCUUGCGACGGUCGAGCCGGCCGUGCUGAGGGACCACAACAAGAAGACAUCGAGGCCGGUCGUCAUCAACCGCACGGCGGUUAGUGCGAUUCUGUGGCAGCCGCCGUCCGGGCCGUCGCGCGGGUACGACAAGUCGAACCAGAGCGGUGGCAGCUCAGGAUCGCUGCACAGCGCCGCAAGCUCUUGGACGAGGAACAGCAGCAGGGCGGAUCGGAAGAAGAGGGAUGCUACCGUGACGGGGUCGUCGCUGGGGAUGGGGAGGAGGGAGCGUGGGCCGUCGGUGUCGGUGUCGGCGGAGGAGGGUCGACUGGUGAUUCAAAAGACGACAGAGGUGACGGUCCACUACAAGUAG